AUGCAACCAGGAGCGCCACCUGCAGCGCAUGGCGCGACUCCAGCGCCCCCAGGCGGCUGGACCCUAGUCGAAGGUGAUUCGUUCUACCAUAUCGUCGACGGUAUGGGCCUGGACCAGAUCAACGCAUGGGUCGUCAGCGCGAGCGAACGCCCUACCUUGGUCGUCUUUGCUUUCGGAUCAUCCCCGGGCGACCCAGGUAGAUGGCAGCGUAUCCUCGAUAUGCGCGACGCCCUACGUAUCCGCUACGGAGUACUUGAGGCAGAGAUCACACCUUCCACGCCGAUACACCCGGACGUGCUCGAAAACUCAGGUCCAUAUUACUACCUAGUACAGAACAUCACCAUCGAGCAACGUGACGCCAUGAUCACUGACCGCGUGCUCUCUACGACUGCUAUAUCCCUGUACUUCACUCCCCUCCAAUUCGGCCCGCCCAACCUCGCGGGCACCUGGAGCGACCCCGAGUGUUUCGGCGCCACGACGCCCGCCGGCAUCGCUGGCGCGAUCGCGAAUGCUCUGAGCCGACCGGACCUCGCACGAGAUAUCCAAGGAAUUAUACGGACGGAUAUCGAAGCCGGAGGAAGAUGGCGCCAUGUCACGGUCGCCGUUGCCUUCCGCGCCCUGCUCGACUCUAUCCGCGUAACUAUCCUCGACUAUCGCACGCAAGGAGGAGUCCUCACCCCGCUCGUACUCCUAUACUGUGAGUCUCCUACGGCGAACCCGGUCGAGUGGAGCGGUUUCCGUACGCUGCUCAGCUUACAACGCCUCGGCACGCCCCUGACUGGCCACCCUACAUGGCAAACGGAGCCGCACAAGCCCAGCGAGGCGGCCCGCGAGGCGGCGGAAGAGGCGGACGAGGCAGAGGCGGGGGCGGACGCGGGCACGGACAUGGGCGAGGUGGCAGAGUCACGCGAUUUGACGUUGGCCGAUGACCCCUACUUCUUGAUAUGCAUGUACCCUCACGACUACUACGCACGAAUAACACCACCUGCGUUUGACUCCGAAUAUGCGCCCUCCUUUGCGAUUAACUGCACCAACUAA